UAUAAUUUUCUUGUACAUAUAUAUAUAUAUAUAUAUAUAUAAAAUAUAUCCAUUUUUAAUUUUUUUUCUUAAUUUAUAAAAAAAAUUCAAUUCAACUAAAGAAAAUAAUUAAAUUAUAUAUAAAAACAUCAAAAAUUUGUGUGCGCGUUUAUCUUUUCACAAGUGACGUUGAAAAGAUAAGUAAUAAAUAAGACGAAAAUAGUUAAUUGUUGAGACAGUGUCAAUCCAUCAAAGAUGAUGAAACUACUAUUCCUACUAUUUCUUUCUUCUCUUGCGACUUUUGGUUGGACUUUGGAAGAUGCGCCCAGAGUAAAAACUCCUUUAGGUCCAAUUAAGGGAUAUUAUAAGACAUCUGGUAAUGGAAGACAAUAUGAAGCUUACGAAGGAAUUCCUUAUGCGUUGCCUCCAAUUGGAAAAUUUCGAUUCAGGGUUCCUCAAAAAGUUCCACCAUGGAUGGGUGAACUUUCCGCAACAAAAUUCGGCUCUCCUUGUCUACAGUAUAGCCAAUUGUCUUUAAAUCCACAUGACAAAAUUGAAGGUGCUGAAGAUUGUCUGUAUUUGAAUAUUUACGUGCCGGCAGAUAGAACACCUUCUCAAUCAUUGCCAGUAAUCUUUUGGAUCCAUGGUGGUGCUUUUCAAUUUGGUAGCGGAAUAACAAUGGGUGCCAAAUAUCUUAUGGAUAGCGAUGUUAUAUUUGUUACAUUUAAUUAUCGUUUAGGAAUAUUAGGUUUUCUCAGUACAGAAGAUGAAAUAGUUCCCGGUAAUAUGGGAUUGAAGGAUCAAAAUAUGGCGUUACGAUGGGUUUCAGAAAAUAUUGAAUGGUUCGGUGGCAACCCAAAAAGGAUAACUUUAGUAGGUUUAAGUGCUGGUGCUGCUAGCGUUCAUUAUCAUUAUCUAUCACCUAUGAGCGCCGGUCUUUUCCAAGGUGGUAUUUCGAUCAGUGGUACAGCUUUCAAUUGUUGGACUCAAACAGAAAAUUCUUUGGAGAAAGCCAAACAAGUGGGAGCUCUUAUGGGUUGUCCUACACGUAAUAUCAAGGAAAUGAUACGUUGUCUCAGAUACCGUCCAGCUCGAGCUGUAGUUGAAACUCUCGCAGAUUUUAUGCGAUUCUAUUAUAAUCCAUUCACACCAUUCGGACCUGUUCCGGAGAAAGUUAAUAAUCAAUCGAAUUCACUUCCAUUUAUUGAUCGUACUCCUAUUGAAAUUAUAAAUAGCGGUGAUGUUCAAGAUGUUCCAUGGGUUACAGGAGUUACCAGUGAAGAAGGAUUAUAUCCAGUCGCUGAAUUUAUUGUUAAACCAGAAGCUUUGAAAUUAUUGGAUGAAAACUGGGAUCUUCUUGCCCCUUAUUUUCUUGAUUACAAUUAUACCGUUCCCAAAGAGAAACAUGUUGAAGUUGCUAGACUCAUUAGGAAUUAUUAUUUUGAAUCAAAUAAAAUUGAUAAAACAACUGUAAAACAUUUAAUUGAUGUAGCCAGUGACCGAUUCUUUGUUGUCGACAGUCAAAAAGCAGCUAGAAUGCAAGCUAAAGUUAAUCGACAACCUGUCUGGUAUUAUUAUUAUACUUAUAGAGGUGCACACAGUAUAAGUGAAGCUAUGAGUGGAACUACUAAUAAUUAUGGUGUGAGUCAUGCAGAUGAUGCAUACUUAGUUGUAGAUACUCCUUAUCUCGAUUCCACAACCACAACAAAUGAUAUUAAAAUGCAAAAAAUUUUGAUUGAUUUUUGGGUAUCAUUUGCAACUAAUGGAGUGCCAAACGUUAAUAGUGUUCAAUGGCCAAGAUUAAAUCCAAAUGAAAAAUCACUUCAUUAUUUACAUAUUGCUGGACUAGGAAAGAUUCAAAUGGAUAGCAGCACAAAUUUUGGUCAUAAAGAUUUUUGGAAUUCUAUUAACUUUAAUGAAAACAAAUUACAUACUACAUCUGGCACAUUGAAAGAAGAAUUAUAAAUUAUAU